GCCAAAGAUGGCAGGUGUAGGUGGAGGUGGAGCCCCCCCCGCCCUGCUCCCGGGCAUCGCGCAGCAGAAGAACGCGCUCCUCCAAAAUUUUCUGCUCAGCGCGGCGAACCGCGCGCACCUCACGUCGACGGCGUUCGCGAACGCGACACCGGUCGACCAGCAAUCCACGCUUGAUGCUUUCGCCAAUCAGGUGGCGGCGGCGGCGGCGCCGGCGCCGGCGCCGGCUCCCGCUCUGACCGCCGCGGAGCUCCACCAGCAGCGUGUAGACAGGGCCCAAGCCGCGGCCAACGCUGCGCGGCAAGCCCUCGGUAUGCCGCAGUGUCAAAUGUUGUUAUUUUCCUCGUUUCGCGUUUACUAAUCAUCCACACAGAGGAAAACAAGCAGAUCAACCGGAUCCACCGCAGCGCGUACCACGAUUAAACGGAUAUGCACGCGCGUCG